AGGCCCUACCUCCUGGGCCUGUCCCGCCUCAUCUCCCUUUUCUGGAACCGAAGCCCCAAGGACGGCGGGCCUUUGCUCUCCCCAUCCACACGGGCUGGUGGCCACAGCCGCUGGAGACAGCGGCACCUGACAGCCUCCUUCCCGGGGGGCACUCAGCGCGGGUGGAUGACCCCUUGCUGGGUCUCCCUCUGAGCAGGACGGGGGACAGAAGUGGUCCCAGGAGAUCGCGCAGGGGCUGCUCCCAGCCCUGGCCUCGGCCUCAACCCCCACCCCUGUGGUCCUCUAAGAACCUUCCCCGCGGUCCCCGCCCCGUCCCGUCCCACCCUCUGCUCUGCAAGUGCUGGGUGCUGCCCCGCCCGCUCCAACCUCCUUCUCCCCGGCGCUGGUCGGGUCGGUCUGGAGGGCCAGGUCUGACCGUGAGGCGUUGGCGUUGGCCGGACUGGCUGCGCCGGACGUGGGGCCGCCUCCAUCCAGCCAAGGCGGAGCCGGCAGCCGGCGGCCAGGGGCUGGAGGCCCAGGCGCUUCCAGCCAUGGGCAGGGGCUCGCUGAGAGCUCCGGGAUUGGCGGUGCCGCGGUGGCUGCUGUCACUACUGCUGCUGUCUCGGGGGCCAGUGUCUGGCGCUUGGUUGCUUCCAGGAAAUACUUCUGGAGAGCCAGUCACCACCCCCUGGGUCCUGGAUGGACAACCCUGGCUCACCAUCGUCCUGAAAGAGCCGAUCUCGACACUAGACUCAGGCCUGGUGGCCUUGGAAGCUGAAGGCCAGGAGUUCCUGCUUGAGCUGGAGAAGAACCACAGGCUGCUGGCUGCUGGUUACACAGAAACCCACUAUAGCCAAGAUGGCCAGCCAGUGGUGCUGGUCCCCAACCACAUGGACCACUGUCACUACCACGGGAGAGUGAGGGGCUUCCCCAACUCUUCGGUUAUGCUCAGCACCUGCUCUGGGAUGAGGGGCUUGAUCAGGCUCAACAGCAAUGCCAGCUAUUACCUGCAGCCCUGGCCACCUGGAGACCCAGAGGACCUCUCAACCCACAGGACUUUCCGGAUGGAGAGGCUGCUCACCUGGAAAGGGACCUGCAGCUACAGUGACCCCGAGGACAAAGGGGGCAUGGCCAGGCUUCGUCCUGCCCCUCAGAGCAGGGAGAGGCGAGAAGCCCCCAGGGGCCAGAGGUACCUGGAGCUAUACGUAGUAGCCGACCACUCCCUGUACUUGACCCAGCACCGAAACUUGAACCAUACCAAAGAGCGUCUCCUGGAGGUUGCCAGUUAUGUAGACCAGAUCCUCAGGACGCUGGACAUCCAGGUGGUGCUGACAGGCCUGGAAGUGUGGACAGAGCAAGACCACAGCCGCGUCACACCCGACGCCAACGCCACGCUCUGGGACUUCCUGAAGUGGCGCCGGGGGCUGUGGGCACGGCGGCCGCACGACUCGGCGCAGCUACUCACGGGCUGCACCUUCCGGGGCGCCACCGUGGGCCUGGCGCCCGUCGAGGGCAUGUGUCGCGCAGAGAGCUCGGGCGGUGUGAGCACGGACCACUCGGAGCUCCCCAUCGGCGCUGCGGCCACCAUGGCCCAUGAGAUCGGCCACAGCCUGGGCCUCAGCCACGACCUCGAUGGCUGCUGCGUGGAGGCCGCGGCAGAGCAAGGCGGCUGCAUCAUGGCCGCGGCCACGGGGCACCCGUUCCCGCGCCUCUUCAGCGCCUGCAGCCGCCGCCAACUGCGGGCCUUCUUCCGCAAGGGGGGCGGCGCGUGCCUCUACAACGCCCCAGACCCCGGGCUUCAGAUCCCGCCUACGCGCUGCGGGAACGGCUUCGUGGAAGCGGGCGAGGAGUGCGACUGCGGCUCUGAGCAGAAGUGCCCAGACCCCUGUUGCUUCGCCCACAACUGCUCGUUACAUGCGGGGGCCCAGUGUGCCCACGGGGACUGCUGCGCGCGCUGCCUGCUGAAGCCAGCUGGCUCGCCGUGCCGCCAGGCUGCAGGAGACUGUGACCUCCCUGAGUUCUGCACUGGCUCUUCCCCCCACUGUCCCCCGGAUGUUUACCUGCUGGACGGCUUGCCCUGCGCGGGAGGCCAAGGCUACUGCCUGGAUGGCGCGUGUCCCACGCUGGAGCAGCAGUGCGCACAGCUCUGGGGGCCUGGCUCCCGCCCAGCCCCCGAGGCCUGUUUCCAGCUGGUGAACCCCGCGGGAGACGCCACUGGGAAUUGCGGCCAGGAUGGCUCUGGCCGCUUCCUGCCUUGUGCUCAGAGGGACACUCAGUGCGGGAAGCUGCAGUGCCAGGGCGGGGAGCCCAGCCCCCUAGUGCCACACAUCUUGCCUGUGGAGUCCACACUUCACUUAGACGGCCACCAGGUGGCUUGUCGUGCAGCUCUGGUGAUCCCCGAUGCCCAGCUGGACUUGCUGGACUUGGGCCUGGUAGAGCCCGGCACCCAGUGUGGUCCUAGAAUGGUGUGCCAGGACAGGCGCUGCCAGAACACUUCCUCCCAGGAGCUGGAGCGCUGCCUAACUACCUGCCACAACCAUGGGGUUUGCAACAGCAACCAUAACUGCCACUGCUCUCCAGGCUGGGCUCCACCCUUCUGUGACAAGCCGGGGUUCGGUGGCAGUGUGGACAGUGGCCCAGUGCACCCUGAAAAUGGCGACACGUUCCUUCUGGCAGUGCUCUUCAGCUUCCUGCUCCCUCUGCUCCCUGGGGUGGGCCUGGCCUGGUGCUACUUCCGGCUCCCUGGGCUCCACCUCCAGCGAUGCCCCGGGGGCUAUAGGAGAGACCAGGAAUGCAGUGGGCCCAAAGAUGGCCCUCUCAGGAACCAUAGCCUGGGUGGCAUUUACCUUGUGCAGUUGGGGUCCGUGGCCAUUGGAGACCCCCAGCCCCUGGCCACUGAUGUCCGCAUCUCAGGCAUCUGGGUUUGGGUUAAAAUGGAAAUGAGACAUCACUUCUUGGAGACCAGGAUGCUAGAAGUCCCUUGGGCAAGUAUGGGGGAAGUUGUGGUUUUUCCUGGGUCUUGGGUCAUUACUGAAGGGAACAAGGGGUCCCUGCCACAUGAUUUGCAACCUGGGGCCCCAGCCCUUUCUUCUGCAUUAGAAUCUCAGCAGGUCAAGUCUAGACACCAAGAUCCUAUCUGUGGGGGAAAGGUGGCUCCUGAGAUGAGUAGACAGGUGACCACUGACAGCCAUUCCAGGAACUUGGAUCCCAAGGACAGACACAGCGAGUCAACUGAUCUCCUGCACCUUCUGAAGCUUGGAGGUUUCUUCCUGCCUUGUCAAGGAGCUCCAGGACCCAAGCUUCAUCAGAAGUUGCUUGAUGUUGUCCCUGCUCUUGAGGGCUGGGGCAUGCUGGGUACAGCUUCCAGCCCAAGAAUCCAUCCACAAAGGAUUGAAGGUCCCAUAGUCCCCAACCCCCAGCAGGGGAGGCCUCUGUCCUGGGAGCCUGGCUAUGUCUGCUUUGUGCACUUUCCCUCCAUGCAGCUCUCUGGAGGGCAGGGACUCCUGAGACUCAACAUUUCUGAUGGAGCCCACAUUUCCUGGAGCCUGGCCCUUGCAAACAAGCAAGCAAACAAAAUCUUUGAUAUCUCCUUUCUGGUCUCCUCCUACCCCGUCCUGUAUCCGGGAAGCUUCUGUAGCCCCUACCCUGACUCCCAGUUCUCCAUCUGAGGUUGUAGAGGGUGUGGCCUUUUGCAGCCCUCUUCACUUGGACUUUACUCAGUCCUCCAUUCUGUAGGAGAGGCCUGAGGAGUCAGGUCAGGAAAGACAGUGUAGAGUCAGAAGAAAGGCAGGCUUCCUGGUGCCUCUGUGAAUCUUUUCUGUUGUAAAUUCAACCCUUGGGGUGUCCUGAGGGCCACUUGGAGUGAUGUGGUGGGUGGAACCUCCAGUGGUAGCCAGGACACACCUGGAUUCAGGAGGGUGUUGCCCAGGUUGAAUUAUCCCUUUGCUUGUCCCUCCUGUCCCUUUGGACAUUCUUGUCUCCUGUUGCUCAUGCCAGAGUUGCUGAGUGAUCUGUAUUAGGCAGCUGUUGCUUUGUAACAAAACCACCUCCAAAACUGAGUUGCUUAAAACAACAGGCAGUACAAUCAUACUUCUGAGGGUGUGAAGAAUUGGAGAAUCUUUGCUGUCUACCAUUGGGAUCCAGAGAAGCGGCAGCCCCAGCUCAUCUAUAGAUUCGUCAUGGUUCCAAUAAACAUCCCAAGACAGUUUUGGUUUUUUGGUGGGGCGGGGGGGCUUGACAAACUGCUCCAAAAAUGGACAUGGAACAGCAAAAAUCCAGGAAAAACCAAAAGAAAUUAAAUUAAGAAAAAAGGCCGGGGAUUUAGUUCAGUGGUUCCGCCACCUGCCUCUCAAGUGCAAGGACCCAAGUUUGAUCCCCGGUACCAAAAAAAA